CAUAGUAAACUGUGACAUGUGAUGGAAUUAACAUAUUAGACUAAACUCAAUUCUUAAUUUAUGUAAAACUAACGUGUAAUACGUAAUUGUUAAUAAAAAGUUUAUCCAAUAUUUAUCGUAUGAAUAAUUUCUUAAUCAUAUAUCUUUGUAUAGGUUAUUAUGUAUACUUACAAUUGGUGCUGUGGGACAACAACCAUUUACUAAUGAAGAUUUUAAAAACGAAACAACAAUCUUUUUCGAAAAUCAAGGAGAACUGCGAAUUGUAGGAGCACAUUGGGAACUAGUCACUUAUGUACCAUUAGUAAAUUAUGAUAAUAGGUAUAAUCAGUUAGCAAAUGAAAUUUUGAAUAUGACCAGUCAUUGUAAAGAUUUAUUAUCUGAAUACGAAAUAUGUUCAAGAUUUUCAAAUAUAUUAAAAUCAACGUUUAUAGAAAUAGCUUCACAAAGGGAGCAAAUGUAUGAAUCCAUUGGCAGGUAUAAUAGUACUAAUGAAAGUAUGAAGGAAGGAAACACUGUAGUUAUUAGGAAUAAAAGAGGUUUAGUAAACAUAAUCGGAACAGCUAUGAAAACUUUAUUUGGUGUAUGUGAUGAUGAAUGUACAAAAGAAAAUAAUGAAAAUAUUCAGAAAAUAGAAAAUAGUAAUGUUAACAUGUUACAUAUAUUAAAAAAUCAAACCACUGUAGUAAAAUCUGCAGUACAAGGAAUAGGUAGUGCCUCUAUAGAAAUGAAUAAACUAUAUAUUGAAUUAGGUGAAAAACAAGGUAUGUUAUAUAAAAAAUUUAAUGAAGCAGCUAACCACACACAUACUGUGGAAACGUUAGUAUUAAGUAAUAGAAUACAUAGUAUUUUUACUGCUCUAUUAACACAAUUUUCUUAUGAGACCACAACUAUAAGUGCUAUAAUAACUUCGGCGAGAACAGGAAUAUUACAUCCAAGUCUAGUAACUCCUAGGGAAUUAGCUAAACAAUUAACACAAAUUAAAUUAAAUUUGCCAAUCAAUUUAAAUUUACCCAUGGGAACACAGCCUAGCGAAAUUUAUGAAUUAAGUAAAAUAACUAAAAUGGCGGUGUACUAUAGCGGUAAUCAAAUAGUAUUUUUGAUAAAAAUUCCAUUAGUAACCGAACUUGAAUUAACUUUAUAUAAAAUCUUACCAAUACCACAUAGAUUUAAUAAAAAUCACAUUAUAGUAUUAAAACCUGAAUUUCAAUAUGUAGGAAUAACGAAAAAUAGCUAA